GGUGCUCCUACAAAAUUAAGCGCCGAAAUUUGUGUAAACACAGACAUCUACGAAAAAAUGUGAUGCAUGUCGAUGUAGAAAAUGACUAAUAACUUGAAAUUAAAAGCUAUAGGCCUACCCACAGCUAUCACAGACAAACUUGCUAAUCAUAGCAUUAUCACUGUCCAAGAUUAUUUGAUCUUGAAUUUGAUUGAAUUGCAAAGAAAAACAGGAUUGAGUUAUCAAAAAUUGUCAUCCACUUCUGAAGAUGUGAACAACUUUAUAGCCCCAUUAGGCAUUUCGGUUAGCCGGUUGUUACAGCCAUCACAUGUGGUUUUUAAUGAUGAUCUAGAUACUUUCUUAAAGGGAGGCAUAACAUGUGGUCACAUAACAGAAUUCUCAGGGGCUCCUGGUCUUGGGAAAACUCAGUUAUGCCUCCAGCUUGCAUUAUCAAAUGCAUUACAUGGAAAAGUAAAUGGUGUUCUUUAUAUUGACAGUGAAGGUGCAUUCAGUGCUUCGAGACUUCUAGAUAUUGCUGUUCACAAAUAUGGAAUAGCUACAGAAAAAGACAUCCAGAGCUCUUUAAAUAGAAUCCAUUUGUGGAGACCUCUUAGUCUUAAGGAAAUUAUAGACAAGUUAAUCAGUAUUGAAGUGCUUAUUGUCAAAGAACAUAUUGGCCUAUUAAUAAUCGAUUCUAUGGGAUCGAUAGUUCGUCGAGACUUUGGGGCAGAUAAAAGUAUUGAAAGAGGUGCCCAAAUGUGUUCACUGAGUUCCAGUUUGAAACGAAUAGCACAUGAUUUUAACUUGGCAGUGGUUGUAACUAACCAUGUAACUGCUAAAGUAGAAUCGUCCUCAACAAACUUCAAUUGCCAAUCUACCUCCAUUCCCGCAUUGGGUCCAUCUUGGAGUCAUUGGAUCAACAGCCGGCUUCAUUUGUUUAUAGCUCAAAACAAACGGCGUUUGAUGGUUUCGAAAUCUCCCGAAAUUCCUGAGCUUAUUGUUGACUAUAACAUAAGUAAAGGUGGCCUUGACAUCCAACAUGAUACUUGUUCAUCCUCAGCCUAUUGA